AUGGGCUUUCAGUCAUGCAGCCGUCUUUAUGAAAAGAAUAAAUCCACGUUUCCUGAGUCCAAGUGGACAGUCCACAUGGGUCAGUCUUCCUUCGCCAGAGGAAACUCCCUGCUCGUACCACAGCCCCUGAGCCGCCAUGAGGAGCAGGAAGGGGUAAAAACCUUCAAGGAACUUCGAGCCAAAUUUCAAAAGUAUGAUGCCCCACCUUUUCCAGGACCUAUCAAGUUUUCAGCUGGUGUUUCUCGAAAGGAUGACAGGGGACACCCUCAGCCAGCCCAGAGUCUGGCUAGCAGCAACAACCUCUCAUCCCACCACCAUAGACCCCUCUCUUAUUCUUUGACCGAAGUGUCCAAGCCUCUUAAAAGCCAGAAAAUGAAGUUGGCCCAGAAAGGUGAAAUUCAAAAGAAUUCAAGUUCCUCAGGACCUCCAGGAAAAUCUGCUGAGUGUCCUGCAAGAAAUUCCCAAAAAGCUGCCAUGCCAUUGGAUGCCAGUAAACCGAAAGCUGGCACACCCAACGAGGAGAAAGGAAUGAACGUCAGCAGCUUCAGAUAUAAGCUUUGGAACUGGGAGAAAUUUUCAUCUCAGAAGAGUGAGAUAUCCCCAGCUUCUCCCCUUACCAACUGUGGGUCUAGGACCUUCCAUCUGGAAGGGCAGAAAACCAUGGGGUCUGUUCAGAUAAAACCAGAGAAGAGCCCAGAGGCAACAGGAGUCCAGACCCUUCCUCCCCAGAGCCAUUUGAUGGUCCAGAGAACAUCACCUGUGGCCCUUGAAGCCUCCCCUUUGCCACUUCCUCAGCAUGACAGGAAAGAGACAGACAGCCCUAAUGCUGAGGAGAGCCCCACGAGUAGCCUGUGCCAGCCUGUUUAUGAAUGUGAGCUUACCAUCCCGGUUCCAGAAAAGCCAGAGAGCAGACGUCACCAGCUUCCCAAAACAAAGCCACUGCCAUCCAUUGAGACCCUCGGCCCACCUCCCCCGAAGCCUUCAAAACCCCCAUUUGUGAACCUCCAGGCCUUCCAAAGGCAGCCAACUGUUGUCUCCAAGACCCUGAAAGAAGUGACUGUGAAGGAGGGCCCCCUGCCUCCAGAAGGUGCUGAGUUGGAAGAACCACAUAAUUAUGAUACAAGAAUUUCAUAUCUGAGUCACUCUAGCAACUCGAUUAACCUGUGUGCUGCAGGAGAAACUGCGGAGGCCACUUAUGAAAUUGAAAUUGAAGAACUCCAAAAGCCUUGGAGGAGUUUUCCACAUCUAGAACCGAGACCUACACUUAAAGACGAAGAAAACAGCAUGCAGGAAAAAGAGUCAUAUGAAUUAGAACCUCCAAAGCCAGAAGAUUCACAUCCUAAGCAUCCUUCCAAGGUAGGUGUAUAUGAAGAGACACCAGGAAAAGUCCAGAUGGCUGGAGUCCAGGGGGACAGAUGGAGUCUUCCAGCUGGAAACCAGGAAGCUGUGGUUGACAUCAAUCAGAACAAGCUCUUCCCUGAGGAUGUGGUGCUGACCAGGCACUCCCAAGAGAAGGGUGGAUAUGUGGAGGCUUUGGAGGUGACCAAAGAAACCCCAAGCUCAAGUACCACUAGGUCAGACUCCUCUUCAGAGAAGACUUAUGAUGAUGUGGGGUGCUCCAGAGAAGAGUUACCAAAAUGGGACUUCUCCAGCUCAUUCACCUCAGACAGCGAAGAUAAUAGUGAAGAAAUGUAUGAAGAUAUCUACAAAGCAAAGAAUAAUGACCAAAAACCAGAAGUAGAUGGAAGAGCAGCACUGAGAAGAUUGCAGCAGCUCUUCGGGAAAGAAAAGGGCAUAUUCAGAAUGAGGAAAACCAAGUCAAAAGAAAAUGUCAGCAAUGGAUUUUCCAUGUCACUGCCUGAUUUAGGACUUAGGUCUCAGGAUGUUAUCAUCUAUGAUGACGUGGACACAAGUGACAAAGAAUCAAAAGAUGAAGAUAAACCUAAAACUUGGAAGCCUAAGUUUUUGACAUCAAAGGGGAAAAGGGGGAAAAAAAGCAGCGAUGGAUCCAAAAGUUUUUCUCCCAAAAACUUCUUCAGAGCUAAGAAGCACAACUUAGAAAAGAAUAGAAUGGAAAAAGAAGAAAAACUUUUCAGAGAAAGAUUUCAGUAUGGUAAAGAGAUUGUGGUCAUUAACAGAGCAGUAGCAUGCUCCAGUAAUUCACGAAAUGGAAUAUUUGAUCUGCCAAUAACUCCUGGAGAACAGCUGGAAGUCAUUGACACCACUGAACAAAACCUAGUGAUAUGUCGCAACUCCAAAGGCAAAUAUGGAUAUGUGCUCAUUGAACAUCUACAUUUCAAGUAA